CGUGGAAGAUUAACUCAACCCAGAAGCAAGUAAAUAUCAUUCGUGCCCCUUUGGUAACGUGCAUUAUGCACACAUUAAUCCAAAUUAAUUUUGUAUUCAAUUUCCUUUUCAUGUUCAUAAACACUUCCCCAUCUCAUCUCUCUCUCUCUAGGUGCUUUAAUGGCGGAUUCAGGUCCUGCGAGUUUCUUGACACAAGCCAAUGCUUUGCUGAGGAAGAACCUAGUCUUCCAGAGGAGAAACGUAUGGACCAACGUUCGUCUCGUCUCUAUCCCGUUCGUCCUCUGCAUACUUCUCGUCGUUAUGCAAAUGCUCUUUGAAACCCAGUUCAACGAUGUGUACGGGCAGUGCGGUUGUACUUGUAAUGAUUCCGACGGAGAUGGAAAAUGUGAGAAAAGGUGCGGUUUUCGGUAUUCGACUUCAGUACAAGCAGCAUUUUGUGCUAUUCCAAAGCCACCGCAAUGGCCUCCGUUGCUGCAGAUACCUUCUCCUCGUUACAGAGCUGUGAUGACAGAUUCAUCUCCAAUGGUGGAUUUGCCGAGUGAGUUAUGCAGAAGAACUGGCUCUUGCCCUGCAACUGUUCUUCUCACCGGGAAUAAUCACUCUCUCGGCCAAAUUCUUUCCGACAAAAUGUACAGCAGCAGCAGCUUUCAAUCGUCUGAUAUUACCGGCAGUUUAUCCAGUUACGUCUUGGGGUCGUCGUCUUUACCCGCAUACACCAAUUAUCUCGACUCCGGUGUCAUCUCGGAUUCCCCGAUCUAUGACAUCCAACGUCAAUGCGCUCCAAAUUCAUCAUUCUCAGUCUUGUUUCAGGAUUCAUCUCUAUCAUUUCCGAAAGAGGUAAAUUGUGUACAAGGGUUAUACUUGUGGAGAAAUACUUCUUCUGACGUGAAUGAUGAGCUCUACAAAGGGUAUCGAAAAGGAAAUCCGGAGGAGAAGAUCAACGAGUAUACUGCAGCUUUCGAUUUCCAGAACACGGAUAUGAACAAUCUCAAUGUGAACGUUUGGUACAACACGACGUACAAGAACGACACUGGGGGAAGGCCUAUUGUUCUUAUCCGAGUUCCUCGCUUGGUCAAUCUGGCAUCUAACGCAUAUCUUGAGUUCCUAAGAGGGGCAGAGACCAAGAUUCUACUGGAGUUUGUCAAAGAAAUGCCGAAACCGGAAACUAAACUGAGUCUGGACAUUGCUUCUCUGGUCGGUCCACUCUUCUUCACAUGGGUCAUUCUGCUGUUAUUCCCUGUGAUCUUAACGACAUUGGUCUAUGAGAAGCAGCAAAGACUGAGAAUUAUGAUGAAAAUGCAUGGACUCGGCGAUGGACCAUACUGGAUAAUUUCAUAUGCUUAUUUUCUUGUUGUAUCAAUGCUCUACAUGAUCUGCUUUGCGGUAUUCGGUUCAGUCAUAGGGUUGAACUUCUUCAGGCUGAAUGACUACAGUAUCCAGUUCGUGUUCUUCUCGAUAUCCAUAAAUCUACAGAUUUCUAUAGCAUUUUUGGCGUCCGCCAUGUUUUCAAAUGUUAAGACAGCUACAGUCAUAUCCUACAUAUGUGUAUUUGCAACUGGGCUCCUUGGAUUCUUUCUCUUUCAGUUCUUUUUGGAAGACACCCUCUUCCCAAGAAGCUGGAUCAUUGUAAUGGAGAUAUACCCGGGAUUUUCUCUGUACCGUGGGCUGUACGAGUUAUCACAGUUUGCGUUCUCGGGGAAUUACCGUGGAGUGGACGGGAUGAGGUGGCGAGAUUUCGCUACUUCAAUGGAAGAGGUCAUAACCAUAAUGCUCGUCGAGUGGCUCUUGGUGCUCGUAUUCGCCUAUUACAUCGAUCAGAUCACUUACUCGGCCAAACAUCCUCUGUUCUUCCUACAAAAUUUCCAGAAAAAGCAUCACCCUUCUCUUCGAAACCCUGAUCCGAAAAGACAAGCAUCGAGAGACAAGCUCGUGGAAAUGGAAAAACCAGAUGUCAGACAAGAGAGGGAGAGAGUUGAGGAGUUACUGCUCGAAUCCACCGAGAAAUAUGCGGUUGUAUGCAACAAUAUCAGGAAAGUGUACCGAGAAAAAGACGGGAACCCUCCGAAAUUCGCGGUAAGAGGCUUAUCUCUUGCUUUACCUCAAGGAGAAUGCUUCGGAAUGCUCGGCCCAAACGGUGCAGGCAAGACAUCUUUCAUUAACAUGAUGACAGGAAUCAUUAAUCCAUCCUCCGGAACAGCAUUUGUACAGGGUCUCGGCAUAUUAACCGAUAUGGACAGAAUAUAUACAUCUAUAGGCGUCUGCCCUCAGCAUGAUCUGCUCUGGGAAACACUGACAGGGAAGGAACACUUACUGUUCUAUGGAAGGCUCAAGAAUCUUAAAGGACUUGCUCUAACACAAGCUGUGGAAGAAUCUCUUCGAAGUGUGAACCUUUACCAUGGAGGAGUUUCUGAAAAACAAGUCGGAAAAUACAGUGGAGGCAUGAAGAGACGGCUUAGCGUUGCGAUUUCACUGAUUGGUAACCCCAAGGUUGUAUACAUGGAUGAACCAAGCACUGGACUUGAUCCAGCCUCGAGGAAAAGCUUAUGGGAUGUGGUGAAACUGGCAAAGAACAAAGGGGCCAUAAUUCUCACCACACAUUCAAUGGAAGAAGCAGAAGUUCUAUGCGACAGAAUUGGAGUCUUUGUAGAUGGAAGCUUGCAGUGCAUUGGCAACCCUAAGGAGUUGAAGGGCAGAUACGGUGGCAGCUACGUAUUCACCAUGACAGCAUCGCCGGAACACGAACGAGAGGUGGAGAAAUUAGUUUACGAAGAUCUGUCGGGAAAUGCGAAGAAGAUCUACCAGAUCUCGGGAACUCAGAAGUUCGAACUGCCGAAACAGGAAGUCAAGAUGGCAGACGUGUUCCAGGCAGUGGAGAAGGCGAAGAACAGAUUCCCCGUGUUCGCUUGGGGAAUUUCAGACACUACUCUUGAAGAUGUCUUCGUCAAAGUUGCUCACUCUUCCCAGCCGUUUAAUGUAUAAGAAUAACGUUUAAUUUCAUAAAAUAAAAUAAAAAAUCAAACUAUAUUGUGUAAAUCUUAUCUCGUGCUUGGAGAAAAUAAGAAAAUUAAUUAUAUACUA